UCCUUUGAAACUGACGACUACUAUGAAUACACAUGUGGUUUUCUUGCUUAUUUUGCUGGUAACUAUGAGCUGUAUAAGCAAAAGGGCAAGAACUAAGAUAAAGCCACAAAGGACUACAACAACAACCGACAAAAACAUUAAAGUUUCUCACUGGGAACGAUACGGACUGAAGGAUGAAAUCUCGCUUCUAACCUUUAGAAAAAUCUUGGAAAACGUUGCACAAUUUGACAGCGUUCGCGACUGCCCACUUGGCGAAAAUAAAUGUGAUUAUAAAUCCAUAGAUUAUGUACUACCCAGAUUAAUUUUGAAAUCGGCGAGAAAAGCCGAGACUCUUCUUAAUAAAGCUAUGAAUAAUAACUGUAUUCCACUUGUCGAUUCAAAUACAGAAGAUAGUUCUUCUACGAGUGAAGCUAAUAAAGGUGAAAUGAUAGAUCCCACAACACCAGAAAUUGAAGUUACAACGAAAUAAAAGUAGCUUUAGGCACUGUUCCCACCGCGAGCUAGUAAGCUAUGAGCUAUCGGCUAUAAAAACGAACAAAAUAUAAGCACUCCCGU